CCGUCGCCGCGGGGCCUGGGACUCGUUCUCCUUCCUCCUUCCCACCCGGGUUAGGGCGGCGGCGGCAGCGGGGGCGGCAGAGACCAUCACGGGAGGAGGCAGCUGCGGCGGGGCCGAAUCCUAAUGCGCCUGGCUAGCUGGUGGUGAGCAGGGGUGUUGGGGCCAACGUGGUAGGCUCCCCAAGGAAACCCCUUUGAAGCCAAUGGAUGCAUUCACGGGCUCGGGUCUCAAGAGGAAGUUUGAUGAUGUGGACGUGGGCUCGUCCGUUUCCAACUCAGAUGAUGAGAUCUCCAGCAGUGACAGUGCUGACAGCUGCGACAGCCUCAAUCCUCCGACAACUGCUAGCUUCACACCCACAUCCAUCCUGAAACGACAGAAGCAACUGCGGAGGAAGAAUGUGCGCUUUGACCAGGUGACUGUGUAUUACUUCGCCCGGCGCCAAGGUUUCACCAGUGUGCCCAGCCAGGGUGGCAGCUCUCUGGGCAUGGCCCAGCGCCAUAACUCUGUCCGCAGCUACACGCUUUGUGAGUUUGCUCAAGAGCAGGAGGUGAACCAUCGGGAGAUUCUUCGUGAGCAUCUGAAGGAGGAGAAACUCCACGCCAAGAAGAUGAAGCUGACCAAGAAUGGCACAGUGGAGUCGGUAGAGGCCGAGGGCCUGACCCUGGAUGAUGUUUCAGAUGAAGAUAUUGAUGUGGAAAAUGUGGAGGUGGAUGAUUAUUUCUUCCUGCAGCCUCUGCCCACCAAAAGGCGACGAGCUUUGCUGAGGGCUUCCGGGGUCCACCGCAUUGAUGCUGAAGAAAAGCAAGAACUUCGAGCCAUUCGCCUCUCACGGGAAGAGUGUGGUUGUGACUGUCGAUUAUACUGUGACCCAGAAGCGUGUGCCUGUAGCCAGGCUGGGAUUAAAUGCCAGGUGGAUCGCAUGUCCUUUCCAUGUGGCUGCUCCCGAGACGGUUGUGGGAAUAUGGCUGGGCGCAUUGAAUUUAACCCUAUCCGGGUCCGGACUCACUACCUCCACACCAUCAUGAAGCUGGAGCUAGAGAGCAAGCGGCAGGUGAGCCGCCCCCCAGCUCCAGAUGAGGAUCCCUCACCUACUGCCAGUUGUAGCCUGCCAGGAGCACAGGGCUCUGAAACACAGGACUUCCAGGAGUUCAUUGCGGAGAACGAGACGGCAGUGAUGCACCUGCAGAGCGCAGAGGAACUGGAACGGCUCAAGGCAGAGGAAGACUCCAGUGGCUCAAGUGCCAGCCUGGACUCUAGCAUUGAGAGCUUGGGUGUGUGCAUCCUGGAGGAGCCCCUAGCUGUUCCUGAAGAGCUGUGCCCAGGCCUCACAGCCCCCAUUCUCAUCCAGGCUCAGCUGCCCCCAGGCUCCUCUGUCCUGUGUUUUGCUGAGAACUCAGAUCACCCAACUGCCUCAACAGUGAACAACCCAUCCUACUUGAACAGCGGGCCUCUGGUCUAUUAUCAGGUGGAGCAGAGGCCAGUCUUGGGGGUAAAAGGAGAGCCUGGUACAAAAGAGGCCCCUCCCCCUUUCCCUAAGGAGAAGGAUCUGAGUGUCUUCUCUCUCCCUGUUACCUCACUGGUGGCUUGCAGCCCCACAGACCCAGCUGUCCUCUGUAAAUCAGAGGGGGGGAAAACAUCCACUCUAGAAGCGCUGUUGCCUGAAGAUUGUAACCCAGAGGACCCUGAGAAUGAUGAUUUCCACCCUUCGUGGUCCCCCUCAAGCCUCCCCUUCCGCAUGGACAAUGAAGAGGGCGGUGGGGUCGAGAAGACCUCCCAGCAAUGUGAGGACCGGCCCGCUGAGGACUCUGCACUAGAACUCCCUCUAACAGUGUGACGAUGUGGAAUGGAGCGUCGGCCUCUUACCCAUUCUCUAUUUAUUCCCUUAUUUUAUCUAACACCAUUUCAAAACAAAACUGUAGAAGCAGCUGCUGCUCCCAUGUUAUUUCAUUGAGGUCUGUGGGGAGUGGGUGGGAAAGGAUUGUUUGUACAAGUAUUUUUUAAAAGGGAAACAGAACCAAGGAGACCAACCCCAGCUUUGAUCUGGGAGUGGGGUCUUGGGCAGAGGAGGCUGCAAAGUGCAGAACACUGAGCUUUCUGGGCCAUUAGAACAAAGAACUAACAGGAGAAGCUGGGUAAUUGAAGCAGCUAUUUAUGUAGGGACCAGAACACAAGAAUUUGAAUAGCAGGGCAAAGCCCCUUCUCUCCUGAGCUCCUUUCGGAUCACAAACUCCUUUUCCUCAGUGAUUUCUGUGAUAUACCACUUUUUGGUGCAUCAUUAGAGUACAGUGUCACCUAAUCAAAUCUAGAGAGGAAGGGUUGAAGGGUGUCUGCUGUAUAAAACCUCCAGGAUUUAUAAAAAUGUAGCCUGCCCUUAUCCCACCCUUUUUUGGUAAAUAAGUUAAUAUUUGACAUAUUGCUGUUCUCUGACCUGUUCCCCACACUGGGGAUUCCUGGUCUGUAACUUGAAUUGUUUUCUUUCACAGGUUCUUAGGUACUAGA